UAAAACUUUGAAGAGUAAUCUUGGCCCCUUAAAUGGCGGUGAUUGGAAGCGUGAGAGUGGAAUAUGCAAAAUGCAAUCAAGGCGAAUAUCAGAGGUGUUGAGCCUGUCGGAAAACGAGCACACUGCUAGUUGCUCAUUCCUCAACGAGAGUGAUGAGCGGAAACAACAUGAUUCAGCCUCAGCACUCCAACAAUUUCUUGAUCGCGUACCCGUUGGCUCUAUAUCCGGCAUAACAGAUUCACAUGUUUUGGAAGUGAAAGCUGAAAACACUCUAAAAGACGCGAUUCAUAUGCUGUACGAAAAGGACGUGUUGGGUGCAGUCAUUGUGGAUGAUCAUGUAUUACAAUCAGAGGGCUGCUCUACCAUGAGAUUCUCUGAUCGCUUCAUCGGUUUCAUUGAUUUCCCAAGCAUGGUUCUCUGGUGUCUCCGGGAAUACGACAAGAAGAUGAUGGAAAAUCCCACGCAAAAGGAUAUAAAGAGCGGUGGGUUUUUCUCCAUCAUUCUAGAGCAAAUUCACGAGAUUGGUCAAACCAAGAUUGGCGAGUUGGCCAAGUCAUUCCUAUGGAAACCAUAUUUCCCAGUGCGCAUGGAUGACUCCGUUAUGCACGCGCUGCUGCUUCUUUCGAAACAUCGCCUCCAUGUUUUACCAGUCAUUCAGCAAAAGCAUUUUGAUCCUACACUCAUCGCUCUUGUUACACAGAAUGCUCUAGUCCAAUUUCUUCUUCAAUCGAAUGGACUAGAGUGGUUCGAUAGCAUUGCAGAUAACAAGUUUUCAGAUUUGCGAGUUGAAGAUCAAGAACCUCCUAUUUGUGUAUAUGGGAACCAAACUGUUGCAGAUGCUUUCAAGUUGCUAUGGGAGAACCAUAAUACUUGUGCAGUUGCAGUUGUAGAUCAACAAACUAAGAAGAUUAUGGGUAAUGUGAGGAACAGUGACGUUUAUCAUCUCCUGAAGAGUGAUGAAAUCCUCAAAAAUAGAACGAUUUUAACUUUGAAAGAAUUCAUUCACAUGGAGAGUGAAGCAAGAAUGGAACCAGCAGUAACCAACAGGGAAAACGAAACAAUGAAGCAAAUAAUGGAGCACAUGAUUGAGAGGAACAGCAGUUUCAGCUUUCUCGUGAAUGAGAAGGAACAAGUCGCAGGUUUAGUGACGCUGAGAGACAUUAUUUUGCAGUUUGCACCACCGUGCGUGGAUUCUAGCAUUGGUGGAGGUGGUUUCUUCGAAUUGGCGUUGGAACAGAGUGGUUGUUGUGUGAAAAAUGGAACUAUUGUUCCCAAUUCAAGUAAUACUAAUUGACGAGGCAAUAUGCCAAUAAUGCCCCCACUUGCCUCCCUCGCCAAACGGAACCUUUUUUUAUUGUAACUUCUUACCACAUUAUUUUAAGGCCAAGUUCAUCCAUUACUUACUUUUUG